AUGCGGCGUGAUAUAUCCCCCGAGGCCCAUUUCCUCGAAAACGCAGCGACUCGCGUGGAUGGCGCCACCCAGCCGGCUUCAAUAUUAGCCUUGCCCACGUCGCGGCCCUGCGGCCCCACGGCCCGAGUCUGCCUCAGCCCGCGCUCUGCCUCAGCCCGCCACGUGACCGGCCUUGGGCCCUGGUCCAGGACAAGUCCAACCAGCAGCAUUGAUCUUGCCCAAAACGCCUGUUCCAGACAGGCCGGCCCCGGCCACCGGCCCGAGCAAGCCACCCCAAAACGCCCGCCAGCUCCUCAGCCUCACCAGGGCAUGGAAAGCGUGGCUUCUCGGGAUACCAGAAUGGGCGUUGGCCAGGGCCAGGGCCAGGGCCAGGGCCCGGAGCGCGGCCCCAAUGGCGCGCCGGUCCCCAGGGCCAUUUCGCGGCGCCAGGCCGCCAGGCAGGCCCCAAGCGCCCAAACCCGCCCCAACCUCCCUCAGUCCCCCUCAGUCCCCCUCAGUCCUCCCCAACCCUCCUCACUCCUCCUCUACCCCCCAUCAACCCACCUUCUCCCCCUUCUCCCCACGCGCAACCUUGCCCCACGCAGCCCACCAGCCACCAUGGGCAUUCUCACCACGCAGGACAAGGAGAAAAUCAAGCGGGCCGUGCCCAAGGCGUCCAACAAAAUCAUCGAUGCCACGGUGGCGCAGUUGUACGUGGCGUACCCGGACCACACGCAGUGGACCGCCACCGGGCUCAUGGGCGCCGUGGCCCUCGUGGACGAUCUCGUGGGCCACACGUUCUUCCUCAAGCUCGUCGACAUCACCGGCGCCCGCGGCGUCGUGUGGGACCAGGAGCUCUACGUGGACUUCCAGUACCACCAGGACCGCACGUUCUUCCACACCUUCGAGACGGACGACUGCUUGGCCGGGCUCUUGUUCGAGGACACCCACGACGCGGCCCACUUCCACAAGCGCGUGGCCGCGCGCCACAAACACGCGUCCCGGCCCACGGCCAACAACAAGAACGCGGUCGCGUUGAAGGACCGCAUGCCGCCGCCGCAACCGCGCCCGGGCAACCGCGGCGAGUACGUGGACGCGGCCACGGGCCAGCGCACGCGCCGCGCCCGCGGCGUCUUGUACUACGACGGCCAGCCGCCGCCCGAGUGGCGCCUGUUGUACGCGGAGCUCGCGGCCGCGGGCAUCUCCGAGGACAUGAUCGCCGAGAACAGGCUGUUCAUCAAGGAAGGCGCCGGGGUCGGCAUGCUCAAAAAGACCGACAAGAGCCUGUUGGAGAAACCCAGUGUCUUGCUCCAGGAGGCGCGCGGGGAGCCCGUGGCGCCUGCCGGCGGCGCCCCCGGCAGCGGUCCCGGCGGGCAGCCCGAGACGUUGGCGGAUGCGCUAGCCACGCGGCACCCGCGGGCGCCAAGAGUACUUAGAGGCCUCCCCGGCCCGAAAGCAGCCACUUCUUGUCGACCCCAGCCCGGCGCCGUGGUGUUCCAGCUGCAACAUGCAUGCCGCCGCGCAUGGCCGCGCAUGCCUGGGCCGCGCACGCCGGGUCUCAUCGUACUUCCCUCGCCAGCCUCCGGCGACUGCAAAACACGCUGGUUUCCUGAAGCAUCCAUGGGCGAGAACGUAUUGCCGGUCUUGCAGGCGCUCGAAGAUGCGCUCAGCUUUUGGGCCAUCCAGCUAUCGGCUGCGGACGCAGACUUGAAGGACAACGUGCCCGCCGCCACCGUGGAAGACCCUCUCCAGGAGUUGGUGAAGAUCACCAAGCUCAUCAGGGCGCACACCACCAAGGUCGGAAUCAUCUACGAGCCUUCGAAACUACGCAAGCUGGGCGAGGCCCGGGUCUCCACCGUGGCCGAUCUCUCCAAGUCAUUUGUGCUUUUCCUCUCUGCUCUAGCACAGCUCUCGCCGGGGCACAUCUCGCAGCUUUUCUACGAUGAAAUCAGGUCGGCUGCCCUCAGCCUCGUCGUCUCCGCCACCAGCUUUGCGGCGGAGUUGAAAGGCUUGUACGAAGAGCUGUUGGCAGAGGCCCCAGCGCCGCAACGGCAGGAGAAGAGCAAGCCGGAAGUGGACCCGAGACUAGUCUCGGUGGGCAAGAUCUGGUCCCUUUGCGAUGGCCUCACGAAGCUCGUCGAGGGCGGCAAGUUGAAGGCCCUAGAAAAGAAAACCAAAAUGCACUUGUCUCUCAUCGAAGAUGGCCUUGAUGAGUUUGCUGACUGGGCAGAAAACCCGCAGGAUAUGGACGACGAGGACCCCUUCGGGCUAGAAGAUGAUUUUUCGGAUGACGAGGACGAGCUGGAUGACGGCGCUGCCCCUCCGGUCUCUGACGAUGACGACGGCGCCUCCGCGAAACAAAUCUCCCAAGAAAGGAAUCAACUAGUGGAGUACAGCAAGGUUUGGCUCCAGAAGUUCAAGCUCGUCAAGCUUUUGUUCCUCUCCAUCAACAAGUCUCUUUCCAACAUCACCUCGGGCCAUACCAUCGACCAAAUCGUCGACACAGAGACUGUCGUGGCCAGAGAGAUCGACACGCUUAUAGUGGAACUCAUGCUCAACCAGACGCUCGACGAUGUUGUGGAGAAACACGCUUUUGGCAUUGACAACGCAUGCUUCAAAAUCAUCGCCAUGUUGAGAGACACAAACAAGAAGAGCGAGGCGAAGGUAAAGUGGUGUGCCUCGUGGGAAUCCAAGUACAAAGAGUUCCUGGGGGAGAUGUAUAAGUGA